GUGAUAAAUUAUAAACAAAAAAUAAUGAAACUAUGAAGUUUUGGAAAUAAUUAAAAUGGAUUUGCAAGUAAUUUCGGACAAAACUAAAAUAAGAGAAAUUGAAGAUGUAAUAGAAAUACAAAAAGCCUCUGGCAAUAUAAACACCCGUCAGGUUUCAUUUCUUCUUCCGUCCGAUACAGAGAGUACACUUUCCGCUAACAUUGCUAAAAGUUUAGACAGUGGUCUGUCUCGAUCUAAAUGUGAACUGCAGCGUUCUAAAAAACUGCAAAAGAAAAAGAAGAAGUCAUGCCGAACACUUUUGCCCGAUGUUGUAUCUUGGCCGAGUGAUUCAGAUAUAACAGUUUUGCGAAUGAAGAUGCGUUUGGAUAAGAAUAUUAAUAACAAUACCUUGAUUCCUGGUGACGGCCUUCACCAAGCAAAUAGUUCUUCAAUGGUUAAUUUAGCAACGUUGAUGUUGCAAUCUCCACAGCAUUCGAAACAUAGUGUGCAUGAAGAAAUGCUUUUUCCUUUGUCUUCUUGGGAAGGAUCAGAAGUAAAGAAAGAAUAUAAAACACCUAGUUAUUCCUAUCAAAGUACGGUUCUAAUGACAUCAUGCAGUCAAAUUCAGGGGAAUAAUUUCUUAAAGAAUAAUAAUUUUACUGAUUUGGACACGAAAUCAAAAAUUGCAAGAUUUUUUCGCCUCUAUUUUUGCCCAUGUUGCAGCUGUUUGUAUAAUAUUGAGAAAUUAAGGGAUGAGUCAACGUAAAAAUCGAAA